GUUUCUCUGCCAUGACAUCAAACCUCUUUAAGUUCUCAUUGCGUAAGGAUUUACAGAUUAUGUGAAGGCAACACGCAUCCUCCAAGCUCUUAGGGAAAUUGUCCUCUGGAAUGAAACUAGAAGUUGUUGCGUGAUAGCAUCGUAUAUAUCAGAGGGAACGGAAGAUUGCAAUUAGAAUGCGAGGUAACGCGUCUGGAGUUACGAGCACCACCGUUUGCAUUCUUGAUAGAGAGCAUUAUUGGCGAUGAGUAUCAUGCCCUGUGACGCAGAGUCACGUACCAGCAUCAGGAUUUGUUUGGAGGGCACUAAGAGUAUAUAUACUUUGAAGACAGUGUAAACCUGUCAGGCAGAACUGGCAAGGCAGAGAGGGUAGCGAGGGAAGAGCGAUCGCCGUGGAUGGGGACGACUUUUUUCCUGAGAAAAAGGAAGGGAAGGAAAUAGAGAGAAGAAGUAGGAGAUGGUUACCUCUUUAGCUAGAAUCUACAAGCACAGCUUCAAGCACUUUCACAUUCUUUUUCUGCCUGGAAGACAAUUACUUCAUGUGUGAGAAUUUGUUGUUGUUGUUGCCAAGACAGCAUAGAUUUGUGUGAGCGGUUGCCAUAGCAACAUUCUUCAAAGACUGUCUCUCAGCCAAGUGGAAACCAACGAGGAAAUUGCUUGACAGAGAUGCGAUAGACAAAAGAUGAUAUUUUGGAGGCACUGAAGAGAUUAAAGAAUCAAAAGAAGGAAUUAGUCAGUUGGAUUAGUAGCAGAAAGUAAACAACUGAUGUGUAUCUUCAGAUAUAAUAACAAUCUUAAGAUAGAUUACUUGACAUAAAUUUGUAUGUAUUAGCAUGUUUCCAUGUCUAUGAAAGCAAGCAUUGAAAAAAACUUUGUUGAAUUAUGAGCUAGUGGUGAUCCGGACUAACAUGAUUGUAAUAUGACACAAGCAUCAUCAUCCCAAGCGAAGACUUCAUUGAGCACUAAAUGUUGCUGUCUUCACACAUCUUAAUAGUGUGCUGAGUUUCAACAAUUGAAGCCAAUAUACACCAUCACUCUCCCAGAUACCUAGCGUGAAUCACAGCGGGCAGUGUGCGACCCCUGGACACACACGCAUCUCCGGCGAGAGCGUUUAACGGCAGACUUGUCGGAUGAAGCCUCGGUUGCCGUCAACGACGCUCAUCUUUCACCCGCGAACCCCGAGGGCGAGACGGUUGACAUGUGAUAUGCUGAGAGCCCGGACACACGACGCCCUGUGAACUUGACUUCAAUACGAUGCGUGAACCUUGUCCUUAUCAACUAGCCUUUCAUUUCCUCUGUUGAUAUCUAUUGGUUGGAUAUAAAGACAUUUUAUCACUGCCCUGUAGCGGAUAAGAUUCCAGGCCUCAGACACCUUUGCCUUGCCGAGAGAAAAUGACAUCAAAGUCAAGAAUGUCUACCGUUCCCAUGGAAACGACAUUAUCUGCUGAAUCAGUUGUAUACACUCCUAUGACGGAGAAGACGACAGCUGCUGGAGGGGCCGCCAACGAUCAUGGAAAAAAUAAUUCCCAUUCAGACCCGACUGCCAUCUCAGUCGCAGCAUCAGCAGCCAGCUUAAUUCUGGUCUUGGUAGCCAUCGUCAUCUGGUACUUUCUGGUCAGAAAACAAUUGCUUUCAAAAACCAAAAGCCACCAGCGACUUGGGAGCCACAAAAGCCAUCGUAGCAACCAGGGAAGCCGACAAAGCAGUUUCCAAGAUGGUCACCAUGACAAUGUAUCGUCGCAUAAAAACCACCAUGGAAGCAAGCACUCGCCCAAAUCCCACAGAUCCAGCAACUCCCCGAAAUCACAUCACCGUCAUUCGGGUUGCCAUGACAACAAGGAGGUCUGCACAUGCCGCAAGUCGUACGACUCUCCCCUGGCGAUUCGGCGAUCGCCCAAGGGCAACACGGUGACGGAAUGCACAGGGAAUUCGCCAUACUGUCCGCAUACCACGCGGUUCCAGCAUCCCAACCACCGUAAAGGAACAAGGGACUCGGUGCAUUCAGAGCUGAGCGAUGCGGGCUGUACUGCUCCGGUGGAAGCCAUCUGCACCUGUGACUUACCGCAGGGUCAUACAAAGGUCAUAACAGGGGCAGACUUUACCGUGGUAGAGCUGGAGGCUCAUAAUAAGAGACACAUGCCUCCGGGGGAGCCGAUACAUAACGGUCACCUCCCCUGCACGGAGAUGAAAGACAUACCUUCAACAAGUGCAACCCCCCAUCAACCUGAAUCCGGCCCCCAAUGCACUUGCCCUCAUCCGCAUCCCCCUCCUCCGCCCCCGGUAGCCCCAGUACCAGAUAGCCCUCACAUCGGGGCGAGUCAUCGGAAGGUCGCGAAUGCCAAGAGCGAUCCAGGGGUCAUAGGUCAAAAGGGCAAUGGAGAGAUGGUCUGAUCACAGAAUUGCAACUGGAAUUGCAAGGAAUAAUAAUUGAUUGAUUUAUAGAUGUACUUCAGUGUAACUAAAUGAUCAAUAUUUUUACUAUGCCUGUAUAUCAUUGAAGCAUUCCAAUGCAUGUAUCUUUCUACAUACAUACGUAUAUACAAUACAUGUAUAUGUCACAUGAGAUAAACAUAACUUUCUCUCACAAAUUUUCUGGGUAAAGACCUUCUCUGUUUUUGUUAUGCUUUUUUUUGUAUAGCUCCUAUGACAUUAAUGAUAUAGAGCUAAGAUAUUGUAGAACAAAAUAUUAAUAUUUUUGGUAAAACAAGAUCCAUUGUUCUGUUAAAAGUUUGACAAACUCAUUAUGAUUAAAAAAAGAGGAAUCAAAAUCUUCACCAUCAACAGAUGAACCUCAUAUUAUCGUCUUUUCAUACUAUCACAGGUCAUACUUCUUAUAAUAUGUGAAAUGGAAUAAGAAAGUUUUAUUUCACAUGUGAUAUGGCUUUCUCUGGGAAAUCUUAUACAUAUGUUUUUCAAUUCUUGUCAUAAUUAUAAGAUUUCAAAAAAAGUGCAAUAUAAAUAGUGAAUUGUGGAGCAAUCACAAGUGUGCAGUAUUUUAUAUUCAUAUCUCAUUCUUCACUUUCCUAGAAUAUAGAAAAGGUGGAAUGUGCGAUUUCUAUUUUGAAAAUGUUCAGUUAUUUUUAAGAUAUAUAGUUUCUACUCUAUUACUUAUCCAUUUCAUGUCAAAAAUUAUUUUCAUUGACAUUGGACUGUGAAGGUAUUGAAUUUUGCUUAUGAAUAAGUGGGUUAAUUUGAAAGUGGUUAUUAAAUGAUUAUUUCUUCUUCUUCUUCAUCUUUUUUUUGUUAAUCUUCAAAGGGCUAUGCAGCCUGUCAUGAAGAUCUGUAUUUAGAUUACCAGUUGUGUGUGCAAGCACACUAAACAGGUUUACAAGCCACUCUUUGCAAGAAAUGUUCAGUAUUAACGUUUCAUAAAAUGUUUGCAGAGGAGGAAUAUUGGCCUCUGUAGAGAAGAAUAUGUUGAUUGGUAGUUUUCAAAUGAAGAUUUCAAUAAGCGAUAUCGAAGACCGCAGGACUCUGACUUUAAAGCUGAGAAAAAUUGGAAUGUAGGAAUAAGCUGAUAGCAAAUAAUUCGAGAUUUGUAGCAUGUGUGAAAGAUGGAAAUGAUUGAUUUUCUUGAGGAUGAAAAUGAGCAUGUUUUGGAAUAAGGUAGCCAUUAUUUCUGUAUAAGGUUAUGUCACUGAACAUGGACAACUAAAGAAGAGGCAUGUAAAAGAUGUUAGUCUUUAAGUGUUUGAAUAAUGCUUCAUUUUCAUGUUUGUCUUUAUGUUCCUAAAACUUACUUUGUUUCAUUUGGCUUGCAGUCCACAAAAUCAAUUCAUAUUUGUAGAUUUACAUGUGUGCAUACUUGAUGAGCCCUUAAUCUGGAUUGUUUUUCUUUGGUAAGUGUUCAACUAUAUUUUUGUUCGGUUUGACGUGAAGUGUUUAUGGAGAUAGUGCCUUUAAACAGAACAUUCACUCAAACAUUUCCUUUUUGUAUGUUGUUUACAUGGUUUUGAACAAAGCUAAUGAUUUUGCAGGAAAAUCCCUUCAGAGAUUGUACUCCGUUUCUCUGAGCCUCAAAAAGAGUUUCUUUACUUUUAAAUGAUUCACUAUCAUAGCAUAGAUGAUGUCAUAUCUAUUGUCUUUUUUGCAACACUGAAUAUUUUGUAAAAACUGCUGACAUUGUUAAUAAAUAGUCAAUUCUAAAAUUGUGUACUGUUGCAGUA